AUGUCUUCAGACGAGCUUCAACUUCGGGCAAUCAAGGAGGCGGUGCUGAAGCGGACGACAACCACCACUGAAGUUUCUUCAGCAAAUGAAACUUCCACUUCAGAAGGUGGAUCUGUUGCUUCGGAAAAAGCUGUGAUCAACGUCCCCGAACAGGCAGACAGGACGCUGCUGAAGACCGAGGUGGCCGGCUACGACUUCAACCGGGGCAUCAACUACUCGGAGCUGCUGAAGAGCUUCCUCACCUCUGGUUUCCAGGCGACCAACUUUGGCCUGGCCGUCGAGCAGAUUGAGCAAAUGCUUAAAGAACGUUCAGAGCCCUUUGAGGCGGACGACUUUGAGGAGGACCUCUUCAUUCAACGGCGGACCGGCUGUACCAUCUUCCUCGGCUACACCUCAAAUAUGAUCAGCAGCGGAAUUCGAGACACCAUUCGCUUUCUGGUGCAGCAUAACAUGGUGGACGUCCUCGUAACUACCGCCGGCGGCAUCGAGGAGGACAUCAUCAAGUGCCUGGCGCCGACCUACAUCGGCGCCUUUCACCUCUCGGGAGCGGCCCUGCGCGCCUCAGGCAUCAACCGCAUCGGCAACCUCCUCGUGCCCAAUGACAACUACUGCAAGUUCGAGGACUGGAUCGUGCCCAUACUGGACGCGAUGCUCGCCGAGCAGAAGCGCAACCCAAACCUCACCUGGACGCCCUCAAAGCUGAUCGCCCGGCUCGGCGAGGAGAUCGGCAACGAGCAGUCAGUCCUCUACUGGGCCGCCCGAAAUCACAUUCCCGUCUUCUGUCCGGCGCUGACCGACGGCUCUCUGGGCGACAUGAUCUACAUGCACGGCUUUCGCAGUCCCGGCCUGGUGGUGGACAUUGCGGCGGACAUUCGCCGGCUCAAUUCGGUGGCCGUGCGGGCGCGAAAAUCGGGCAUGAUCAUCCUCGGAGGAGGCGUGGUGAAGCACCACAUUGCGAACGCGAACUUGAUGAGAAACGGCGCCGACUACGCCGUCUUCGUCAACACCGGCCAGGAGUUUGACGGCUCCGAUUCGGGCGCCCGACCGGAUGAGGCGGUCAGCUGGGGGAAGAUCCGGUUGGGCGCCAGUCCGGUGAAGCUGUACGCCGACGCGACGCUGGUCUUUCCGCUGCUGGUGGCGGAGACCUUUGCGAAGCACCACCACUACAG